UUAUAGUGCGUCAUUACUUGGCAACCGCAACUAGAAUUAUUUUCUGACAUCGUACACGCUUAAAAUGCCAAAAGACAAUUCUAAAAAGUGUAAAUUUGUAAAGGCGAUAGCAAGGGCGCUUCAGAGGUUUCUUUGCUGCGUUAGUUCUGCAGACGACGGCAACGAUUUAGUGGUUACCCGUGUGUAUCAGUCGGCUAGCUGCGGUCAACUGAAUGAACAUCUUCAACGAAAGGAGACGAACAGGUGCCUUAGCGCGCGGUUAGGAUGUACCGACACCAAGGAGAGCGGCCAAAGCCGAAACAGACGUACGUCCGGGAUUCGAAACCGACAAGACAUCCCGCUGUUCACAUUGCCCGGAGCUAUGCACAUGGAAAUUAAUAUUCAUAACAAUCCCGCCGAGUGUCCUAGAAUGGCCCACGAGGGAGGGCCACAGGAGUCUUUGGAAUAUUAGAGCAGGAAAACUCGGCUAAGGAAUAUUUGGCUCCAGUGAAAUCGCUCAACUCUGCAAAUAAAUGUUUGACUCCAGUGAAGUGGCUGCACACACUGCUACUAAAAAUUUGACUCCAAUGUAGUUGCUCCACUAUCAUAAGGGCUGUUUGACUCCAGUUGACUGACUCCACAAUGCUGAGGACUAUUUGACUCCAGUGGUCUGGCUCCACUGUAAUGAGGACUAUUUGACUAAUGAGGACUAUUUGACUCCAGUGGACUGGUUCCACUACGCUGAGGACUUUUUGACUCCAGUGGAAUGGCUCCACUAUAAUAAGGACUAUUAGACUCCUGUGGACUGACUCCACAUGAAUGAAGACAAUUUGACUCUAGUUGAUUGACUCCACUAUGCUGAAGAUUAUUUGAUUCCAGUGGUUUGGCUCCACUAUAAUGAGGACUAUUUGACUCCAGUGGACUGUUCCACUUUAACAAGGACUGUUUGACUCCAGUGGUUUGUAUCCACUAUGCUGAGGACUAUUUGACUCCAGUGGUUUGGCUCCACUAUAACAAGGACUAUUUGACUCCAGCAGAGUUGCUCCCCUAUGAUGAGGACUAUUUGAAUAGAGUGGACUGGCUCAUCUAUAAUGAUGACUAUUAGACUCAAGUGGACAAGACUAUUUGACCCAAUUCGACUGGCUCCAUUAUAAUGAAGACUAUUUCAUGGCAGUUGAAUUUCAUCACUCUGUUGAGGAAGUUUCAACUCCAGUGGAAUGGCUCCAAGAUUAUGAGGACUAUUUGACUCCAGUGGACUGGCUCCACUCUGCAAAGGACUCCAAUUGACUAGUCUACACUGAUGGAGAAAAUAUGUCAGUGGAAUAGCUCCACUCUAUUAUGGACUGGCUCCACUCUUUUUGGACUAUAUGACCUCAAGGGACUGGCUCCACUUUAAUGAGGACUAUUUGACUCCAGUGGACUGGUUCCACUGUAAUGAGGAUUUUAGACUGCAGUGAUUUGGUUCGACUAUUGUGAGGACUAUUUGACUCCAGUGGACUGGCUCUACUAUAAUUAAGUCUUUUUGACUCCAGUGGACUGGUUCCACUAUGCUGAGGACUAUUUGACUCCAGUGGACUGGUUCCACUAUGCUGAGGACAAUUUGACUCCAGCGGACUGGCUCUACUGUAAUAAAGACAUUUUGACUACAGUGGACUGGUUCCACUAUAAUUAACACCAUUCGACUCCAGUGGAAUGGCUUCACUAUGCUGAUGAAUAUUUGCCUCCAGUGAAUUGGCUCCACUAUAAUGAGGACUUUUUGAUUCCAGAGGACUGGCUCCACUGUACUGGCUAUUUGACUAAGUGGACUGGCUCCACUAGUAAGAGGGCUAUUUAGCUACAGUAGGCUGGUUUCAAUGUGAUAAAGACUCCAGUGGACUUGUUCCACCCUGCUGGAGAAUAUUUAACUCCAACAGAGUCCAGGGGUCUUGUUCUUUAUUUUUAUUUUAUUUGAUUUUUUUUAAUCAACCUUUUAUUACAACUUCCGUUUAUUGUUUAUUAAGGCUUCAUUAAAAAUGGCAACAUGU